UUUGUGAACACCCCUCCCUUUCUGCUGGGGACCAAAAUGCCCGCUGUGUCUGAUGUCACAGACAGUCCGGGCUGCGACCAAACUGUGUUGAUUUCUGCCUCCAGUAAGCACCAGGAAGGAGAAUCCCUCAGAGCCUCCCGCUUUUGCUCCCGUGGAUUUCCAAACAAACCCGGGCGGGAUGGGAGUGUCUUCUUGGCUCUGGAAGUCAAUCCUCCUACCUUGUCCUGAAGCUACCCGCCUCACUUUCCCGGCCCUCCGUCACCAGUGAUUUUCCUGUCCUGGACUCCAGGCGAGAGCGAGCGGCUGGUGACUGCCCCGCCCUAAAGCACUCACAAGUGAAGCCACAGCAUACCCCCUCAUCUUGGAUUGCUUCCUGUAUCAAGACCUCCACAUGUCGGCAGUAGGCUCCUGAGGCGUACCAUCCUCCUCCACCUCCCCUCAGGAAGAGAGGGCCUUCUCGAAACACCUUAAAAGCACAGGCAGGCCAGCCAUGAGAGCGUACCUGGUGGCCAUAAUCUUGAGUUCCAUCUUCCUGUACUAUGUGCUACACUGUAUCCUGUGGGGGACAAACGGCUAUGGGGUCUUACCUCUGGAAAUAAUGAAGAAAAACAACAUCAAGAAUUGUAAACAACAGCCAGCUUUCAUCUCUCUCCUGAGGUAUCCUCAGCUUUACCCAUUUCUGUGUGCAGCUGAUUAUGAAAAGGUUACUUCUGACUACGGUACCAAUAAUUUUGUUUUGCCCUAUGGGAUAAAGGCAACAGAGGGAUAUUUUCGAUUCGCCCUUUCCAACCUGCCGAAUUGUGAGCUCUUUAACGAGUUUGACAAACAGCCGUGUAAAAGAUGUGUGGUGGUUGGUAAUGGUGGAGUACUGAAGAACAAGACGUUAGGAGCAACAAUCGACUCUUAUGAUGUAGUAAUAAGAAUGAAUAAUGGUCCUGUGUUAGGACAUGAGGAGGAAGUUGGGAGAAGAACAACCUUCAGGCUUUUUUAUCCAGAGUCUGUCUUUUCGGACCCCACUCACAACGAUCCCAAUACUACAGCGGUCCUCAUUGUUUUUAAGCCACAGGAUUUAAGGUGGCUGUUGGAAAUACUGAUAGGUAAAAACAUAAACACUAAUGGUUUUUGGAAGAAACCAGCCUUAAACCUGAUCUAUAAACGAUACCAAAUCAGAAUAUUAGAUCCAUACAUUACCAGAGAAGCAGCUUACCACCUGCUCCAAUUUCCCACAAAGUUUCCCAAAGGUGAGAAACCCAAACACCCUACGACAGGAAUCAUUGCCAUCACAAUGGCAUUUCACAUAUGCAGUGAAGUUCACAUCGCUGGUUUCAAGUACAAUGUUCACAGCCCAAACAGUCCUUUACACUACUAUGGGAAUGCCACCAUGUCUUUGAUGAGCCAGAAUGCCUAUCACAAUGUGACUGCCGAACAGCUUUUUUUAAUGAACAUUAUACAGAAAAAAAUGGUAAUCAACUUGACUCAAGAUUGACCAUACAGAUUGAAAAGAUGAUGCUAAACAGUAUUAGUUUUAUUUUUGUACUGCGAAGUUUAGUUUAUUUUUAAAUAUGUUGAACUUAUCAAAUAAUUAUGUAUAUUAAGUCUGUUGCUGCCUGGUGAUUUAUAACCACCAGCUUAAUUUCUAUGAAUGUAUUUAUGAAAAAUAACAAAAAACCUUUUAGUUAAGAUAUCAGGGAAACAUGUAAAGUUUGAUUAUGUUGUUUUUAAAACAAGCUGGUGUUUUAUUUUAAUAUGCCCUUUUGUAGUUCCUUCAUCUGAAGAGUU